UUCGCUCUCACCGAUUUCACUCACAUACGAUUUCCGGAAAUUUUGCUUCAGAAUCGUGCGCCAUGGCUGAUUUGACCAAAAGUAUAUAGGAACACAAUCGAGGAGUUGAUUUUUGAAUACUGAGAUUUUUAGCAACUUCUUUUAAAGCUAUGGGAACGGAUGUUGGUAGACAGACCGAUCUUCACGAGGAGCCAAUGAGUGAUCGUCAGAGUCUUAGCAGCAACUACCGUUACUGCAGUCAAUCCAGGAAGAUGUCUGUAGGAAUUCUUGUUGAUUCUGUUUCCAAUGCCAAAGUCCAGGAACCAGGGGCCCAAACUGCUGAAAUUGAAAGAUGCGGCCAAAAAAAUAGUGUCAGAUGCCGUGAAGGACAUUCACCACGUGUGGAAAAACACCUGAUAGUUGAACCGAAGGAUGCCUCCCCUUGGGUUUCCACUAGAUCUUUCAAGCCAAAGCUACUACCUCAUUCAGUCGCAGAUCUAGAUACAGAAUGUACUCCAAGUUUGCCAGCAGCUUCUGUCAACUUUUUUGCUGCUAAGUCUGGCUUAGGAUCUGAUGUAUGCAAACAGAGGAACUCUGGUAGAGCUUACUGCUCCGUGGAGGAAUGGAACGUUAAUAAUGCAGAGCAAGUUGAGAAUCCGGUAUGUUCAAUUGAACAAGGAGUUCAGCAAGAAAAAGAACAGGUACAAAAUAAUGAUAAGACAACAGAAACUGGGGGCCGAGAAUCUCUGAGGAUCAAACUGUGGGAGAUUUUAGGAGAUGUUUCUUCACCAAACAAACAGCAUCCCAGUCUUCAGCGUGAGGUAUUGCAUCCGGAUCAAGAGAGGAACAAUAAGCAGUGUCCUACUGAAAAACUAAGCCUGAGUUCAGACACUAUUGAAAGUGAUUCUCAAGCGCAAGUUUCCACAAGGCCAAUGACUCGAUCUUUAGCCCGGAGGAAAGCCACCAGAAAACAAGGUAAUAAGAGUGAACCAACAAAAUCUAAUGAUAGAAAAGAGUGUCAACGGAAAAGAAUAUUCUCAUCCAAAGGAGAUAUAUCUGUGGGAUCAUAUGGUAAGUUGAUGGAUGGUUCUUUACCUUGCAAGGGAGAAAAAUUUAUGGGAAUGAGUUCUCAAGCGGAGACAAAUCAGGGUGUAAGGCAUAAAAAUGUAGAAAAGAGACAGCAGUCAGAAAAGAGCAAAUCAAUACCAGCUGUGGAUAAACUAAUGUUGCAUAAGAAUAAAGUUUCCAAUGCUAGCAGUUCCACUGACAGAAGAAAUGAUGUACAUGUUGAGACUGAGAAGGUUUCUCUUAAUGCAAUGACUGAUCAAAGGGAUGUUCAGCAGCCAAUGGUUGUCGAAGCUCCAAAGAAGAAUCUGCAAGAAGACAUAUGUAAUUCUGUGUUAAAAAGGAAAAGGAACUCUCCGCAGUUACAAAAGGGUUUCAAAAAUAAUUUUUCAUUUGAGAUUCCUCUUAAUGCAAUGACUGAUCAAAGGGAUGUUCAGCAGUCAAUGGAUGUCGAAGCUUCAAAGAAUUUUCUGCAGGAAGACAUGUCUGAUUUUAUGUUAAAAAGAAAAAGGAACUCACUGCAGCCAAAAUCGGUCACCAGGAAUAAUUCUUCAUUUGAGCUUCUUCUUAAUUCUAUGACUGAUAAAAGAGAUGUUGAGCAAUCAAUGGACGUUGAAGCAUCAAAGAAGAAUCUGGAAGAAGAUAUUUCUGAUUCUCUGUUACUAAAGAAAAGGAACACUGUGCAGCCCCAAAAGGACACCAAGAAUAACUCUUCGUUUGAGUUUCCUCUUCAUUCAGUGACUGACCAAAGGGAUCUUGAGCUGUCAAUGGGUGUUGAAGCUUCAGGUAAGAAUAUGAAAGAAGGCAUAUCUGACAUCCUGUUGAAAAAGAAAAAGAACACUGUGCAUAAUACUUCAACCCCUCCUUCCGAGAUUAAGUCACAUAGCAGUUUGCAGAAAAGUAAGCAAGAAGAACUUCACGAUCAAAGUCCUGCUGCGAAAAUAUUUCAUAGAACUAGCAUGCAAAACUUCAAAAGCUUUCUGAGUUCAGAAUCAGCUAAACGAGGACCAGAUUUGCAACAGGAACCAUCUGUUGGUAAGAGUAAGAACAAAGAAGACAAUAGUCUGAAAAGAGGUCCCCUUGUGAAACCAAAUGUCUUAAUUGAUGAAGACAGUGAUAACCAGUCCAAAUCUUUAAUUGAUGAGACUGAUUCUGAGAGCUCUGAAGAUGAAUCAAAUUGCAAAGAAUCAGAGGAAUUGUCUCCUGAAAAUCACAUAUCUGAGAAUAUUCUACAUAAUUCCGAUAAAAGUCUUGGCAAUGGCAAAGAUGUUGGAGUGAUUGGAUCUAGUCAAGCAUCAGAUUCAUUGAAAGAAGGGGUACAUGACGCCAAUGAAAUGUACAUGGAAGAGAACCAGGAGGAUGGUUUGACCAGGGCUGUUGCACUCUUUACUGUGGCUCUGUCUCGUAUUAAAACCAAACUGAAGUCAAUAAGUAGCAGAAGGUCUGCUGAUAUUUUGCGCGCUACAGUUGAGGAAAUAUUGUUACGAUUGCAGAAUGCGGAAUCUCUUAUUAAAACAGAUGUGGGAAAGCUGACCAAUCUGAGUAAUUCAAAAAGCAAACAGCUGGAAACUAGAUUUCAAGAGAAACAGGAACAGUUGAUUGGAAUACAUAAAAGGUUCAAAGCAGAGGUUGAACAGCACCUCCAGGAAUGUGGCAGCCUAAUAGCAAAUCUAGAGGAGCAUGAGAUUGAGCUCAAAAGAUCAAUGGAAAAGCAAAGAGCAGCGCAUAAAAAGUUUUUGUCACAAGUGGAGCAAGAAACAAAUGUCCAACUUGAAGAUGCUGAAAGCAGAAUCAUGGCUGUCCAAGAGGUUGCUAGGGAAAAGAUGCUUCAACUGAAACUUGGGGUGGCUGAGUGCUUGAAACAUGGUGGCUUGAGUUGAGACUAACAUGACUUGUAAAUUCUUGCUUAUUUUGCACCUAAACGCGGGCCAUAUUAAUUUGUGAGGUUUUUUAAGUAGUUAUUUGAUGUUUAUUAGAUGGGUAUUUUAGUUAGAUAUGGUUACUACUUACUAUUAUGUUGAGAUUUUAGUGCA